AUGGCGAACCGCAACCCAUUUGAGGAGUACGCCAACAAGUUGAGGCAAGCUGCCGCCAGGUCAGGCGCCCGCGGUGCUUUCCGUGGCAUGCCGGGCGGCAGCCCUCGCGGCCUCGGCGGCGCUGCUGCCACCUUGAUGCUUCUCGGUGGCACUGCCUUCGUCUUCAACAGCUGCCUUUUCAACGUCGAGGGUGGUCACAGAGCGAUCAAGUACAGGAGAAUAAGCGGUGUCAGCAAGGAUAUUUACGGCGAAGGUACCCAUUUCAUGAUCCCGUGGUUCGAGACGCCCAUCAUCUACGAUGUCCGCGCGAAGCCGAGGAACGUCUCCUCUCUUACUGGCACGAAGGAUCUUCAGAUGGUCAACAUCACCUGCCGUGUCCUUUCCAGGCCCGAUAUCCAGGCGCUGCCUCAGAUCUACCGCACCCUCGGUCUUGACUAUGAUGAGCGCGUGCUUCCGUCGAUCGUCAACGAGGUCCUCAAGGCCGUCGUGGCCCAGUUCAAUGCCAGCCAGCUUAUUACCCAGCGUGAGAUGGUUGCCAGGCUUGUUCGCGAGAACCUUGCCGGGAGAGCUGCACGCUUCAACAUCCUGCUGGACGAUGUGUCUCUGACGCACCUUGCCUUCUCGCCCGAGUUCACUGCUGCUGUCGAGGCCAAGCAGGUCGCCCAACAAGAGGCGCAGCGCGCUGCCUUUAUCGUCGACAAGGCACGUCAAGAGAAGCAGGCUACAGUUGUCAAGGCCCAAGGUGAAGCCCGGGCUGCGGAGCUGAUCGGCGAGGCUAUCAAGAAGAACAAGGCAUAUGUGGAACUGAAGAAGCUAGAGAAUGCUCGGGUGAUCGCACAACUUCUCCAGGAGAGUGGAAAGAACAGGUUGCUGCUUGAUUCAGAGGGUCUGGGUCUGAAUGUGUUUGAAGAUCAGGAGAAGAAAUAA